GGAAACAACCCUGGUGGACCAACGGAUAUGGUGUAAUGACAUCAGGAGUGCUGCAUCCUGAGUACUCAUGGAGAACUAGCGUAGCUGGGCGGAAAACGCAGGUUACGCAAGAGUCAGGUGCUGACGGAGCGCUUAGUUCUUUGACACAUGCGUCUGGUUGUGUCAGCUGAGAUUUUCUGGCAUUAAUACGAAGCAUCAAUACCUACGAGACGACGGGCAACUCGAAUGGAGAUAUGGUGCUCAUUUUCUAAAAUGCAGGCUGAAAAUUUCCAUACGACGUGUGGCGAAAUCGGUGAUCUCUUUUCAACACUAGAUCUUAUAUGCGCUCCAAAGAAGUUGGAUCGCGACAAGGGAGAGGAGCACUUUCGUUGUCUAUCCAUCAAUCAGGCCGAUCUUGUGCUCAUACUUCCUUGGAUAUCCGCUAAGCUUGAAAACCCUGCAAACUGGGAGGAGGUAUACGGUGGUUUAACAGUGGCCACUAUUUUGCUGCAGAAAUUGUCAAGGAAUGAUUUAGACAAUCUAACUCUGGUGCAGGAACUGCGGGAUCGCGUGUUAGAAUGUCAUGAGAAUGUAGAGUUUCGCGUACGGAUAGCGGCUGGGCAGUUGAUGGGUUGUUUGUGUCAAAUUUAUGGAGUACAAAUGUUUAAGCAUUUCAUCCCCCACGUCAUCGAAGGAAUAGUUGAGAAUCUUGACCGUGACUUGACUACGGAGGCGGAGAAUUCUUUGAGGGACCUGGAGUUGGCGAAGGAGAGGGAUGUGAACAUGAGCCGAAGUUCUCUUUCCAUUUUUCAUGACACUGCUGGUUGGCGGAAUUUAGAAACGUGGAUGAAAUGCAUGCAGGAAAUGAUCGGCAACCUGAGACCGGAAGAAUUCGUAAAGAUCGAACGUUCAGAAAUUUUGAAAAUUCUUUUUAAAGCUGUUAGGCAUACAAACCGAUUCGUUCGUGAGACUGGGUACGAUGUUUUGGCUACAAUGAUACGCGGGCAUGUGUGUUACAACGAUCCGGGUUCUUCGGAGUCUAACUACCUGGCAAUCUCACAACAACUGGCUGAAGGUCUAUCGGACAACUGGAGCCAAGUGCGCAUGGCUGCCUCAAAAGCAGUGCGCGUGUUUUUUGAGGUUCCUCCACCACCGGAACACACGAUCGAGCAGGUGUUCCCGAUUCUACUCCCUCCCAUGUGUUUGAACCGAUAUUACGUUGCCGAGGGUCUACGUGUGUAUAGUCAAGAUACCUGGUGUCGUGUCACGAAGGGUGAAGGCAAGCGUCUUCUUAGUGACUACCUGGGUUCAGCCCUGGACUACUACAUCAAACAGACCGAUGCAGACAACCACGCUGUUCGCGAGGCUGCUUGCGCAGUUAUUGCUGAAACAGUGUCCAAGCUAGACGCCCAGUUGCUUCUGCCCCAUAUUGGUGUUUUGUUAGAGGCCCUGGUCGUUUGCUUUGGAGAUGAAAGCUGGCCCGUGCGCGACGCUGCUUGUAGCGCUCUCGGCACAUUACUCGCGACCUUUCCAAACGAGGCCAAAGCUGCUGGUUACAAAGACCUUAUGGCAGAACACUUCCUCCGCAAUUUAUCCGACAGCAUACCAUCCGUUCGUGAUGUUUCUGCGCAUGCCAUCGCUCGCAUCCUCAAAUCAGCCUCUGAUGAGCAACUUUCGCAGCUUUAUCAAAAACAUGUAUGCGAUUGUCUGGCCAACUUGGGUGAGCAAGCCGCCGUUUCACAAGGUGUGGAGUCACAUCGCAUACAGGGGAAAGGACCUGGCGUCUCACACGUAAUCGUACGCAGCGGUGAGGCAUCUCACGAUCCUCGUCACACCGAUCAGACUAUGUAUUCUUGCGGAUCUCUCGCGCCAAAGCUUAAAAAAGGCCGUAAGGGCGGGGGCUGCCAUGAUGGCCUGAAUCAGCGGGCCAGUGAACCCUGGGAGAAAGCUGAUGGUGCAGCUCGGUUGGUAGGCCAAUUAGCUGAAAUCGCUCCGAGUGUAUUCUCUGAACACAUGGUGGAGCAAAUGUUGGAGGCUGCCAGUCACAAGCACUACACCCAUUACGCGUAUUUUUUGGAAACUGUUUGUCGCGUAAUCGCUCAACUCUGCAAUGCACUGGAAAAGCCACGAUUCAAACGACAGUUGGAUAACUACCUAGUCGCGUUGACCGCCGCCAUAGAAAGCGGGUUACCCCUAGCUGUUGCCGCUUCGGAGGAAACCCUUACUGUUCUCGCCAACCGUGUUGGUCCAAAUGUCCUCCGCGGUCGCGUGGAAAAUCACAUCGAUUCCAGAGUUGUUCGCUGUCUUCUUAAUCGUCUACCUCCACCCAUACUUUGAACUGUGGCCACUACCUUUGCUACUGAUGAUCAUCGAAUGUGUAUUCCUAUCCACUUUGCACGUAUUCAUUUCUUUAUAUCCCUGUUUUUUAUUUUACCAUGUGUAUUUUGGUCCCUAUCUCCCGAUACCAGUCACUAUAGUCGCUUUUAUCUGAGUGAACGUGUCUGUCUAAGCGCUGAUUAUGCACACCAUUAUUUAGUGACUAGUCCUAAUGCAGCCAAAUCUGCGCCAACUGGCACUAUUGUA